AUGGAUGCUAGUGGACAAGGCCUUUGUGCGUUAGAACCAAAUUUUAAGCGCUACAUUCGUCAACGGUUUUCACACGAAGAAUCCAAGACGCUAUCAAUCAACGUGAGGGAAUUACGCAGUGCGGUACUCGCUGUUCUACGUUGGGGACCGCAUUGGCACAUUCCAACCAGUACGUCUCCACUUCAUGUCCAAUUUCACAUUGAUAACACAUCCGCUGUUACGUGGGCAAACAAACGAGCCAGCAAGCAUCCAACUGCUCAGCUGUACAAUCGACUACUAUCACUCGCCGAGUUCCAGUACAACCUUGUGUGUACGGCAACACACAUUCCAGGGAAACUAAAUGUCAUGGCUGACGCUGGAUCCCGGGCAUGGAGUAGCAAUGAUCAGGCAGCAAAGUUAUGGACUAAUUUUUCUGCGCCGUGGUUACAGGAUCACAUCGAGCCUCCUUUCGACGAUCUCUCAGCCGUAUGGGAUCGCUGCUACUCCGACACUCCCUGGCAAGCUCUACCCAUUCCAAAUAUCUCGCGCAUUGGCGUCAAUGGUGCAGAUUCGCGCACAAAAUGGGGUGGCUACUUCGCCACGGUCUCCUGGGCCCAUGGGGCGAAUCGCUAUCAGCGAGGCAACCAACUGGGCACUAUCAACCUCAAACUGGCCAGCGUUAAAUGGUUCCAUCGACGAUACAAGGACCUGACACUGCCAGCAACACCUCGUUUGGCUAUGCUACUGCAGGGUAUUAAGCGUCUUUCAUCCCCCAAACGGAAGAAGCAACCUCUCACCAUGCCAUUUCUGCGCCUUCUUCGCCGUAGUCUCGACUUCUCGAAACCACGACAGCGGCUUCUGUGGGGUAGCAUAUUGAUCGGCUUCUUCUUCAUGCUUAGAAGAUCCGAAUAUUUGAUGAUCGACCACACAAGACACUUCUACUGUCUCAAGAACAGCAACGCAUUCUUCUCCGACAAAGAUGGUCAAGAAGUUGGAAGUAUGCCCGAUCCGAGGUCUGUACCAUAUUCAGAAAGCACGGCAAGAACUUACUCUUCAGCAUGA